UGCGAUAGAUCCUUGCCUUCCGGGACAGGUUUGUCUGUCGUUGCAGCAGCUGUAGUGAGGGGAGGCCAUUUUUGGUUCUGGGGAAAGUGGCAUAAAAGGAGAGAGUAAAAGAAGGGAGGAAAAAGGGCUCAGCGCCUCCCCGCCGGGCCGUAGACAGAGGGGCCUUUUCGGCAGGCGGGAGAGGUCGCUGAAGGCCCGAAGGAGAUGUUUUCCCUGUCGAGCACGGUGCAGCCCCAGGUUACGGUUCCUCUGAGUCACCUCAUCAAUGCCUUCCAUUCACCAAAAACCACGUCUGUUUCAGUCAGUGCAUCAAUUCCUCAAAAACAGCAUCGGGAUGCAGUUACUGAGCAUGAGGCUCCCAGCAGUGAGCCUAUACUUAAUUUAAGGGACCUUGGAUUAUCUGAAUUAAAAAUUGGACAGCUUGAUCAACUCGUAGACAGCCUACUUCCGGGAUUUUUUAAAGGCAAAAAAAUUUCUUCCCAUUGGCACACAUCUCAUGUCUCUGCACAGUCCUUCUUUGAAAAUAAAUAUGUUUUCAUACAGUGUCGGGGUUUUAAAACUUUGAAAUCUAGAACACGACGUCUACAGUCCACCUCUGAAAGAUUAGCAGAAACACAGCACAUAGCACCAUCGUUUGUAAAGGGGUUCCUUUUGCGGGACAGAGGAUCAGAUGUUGAAAGUUUGGACAAACUCAUGAAAACAAAAAAUAUACCUGAAGCUCACCAAGAUGCAUUUAAAACUGGUUUUGCAGAGGGUUUUCUGAAAGCUCAAGCACUGACACAAAAAACCAAUGAUUCCCUAAGACGAACUCGGCUGUUUCUCCUUGUUCUGCUGCUGCUUGGCAUUUAUGGACUCUUAAAAAACCCAUUUUUAUCUGUCCGCUUCAGGACAACAACAGGGCUGGAUUCUGCAGUAGAUCCUGUUCAGAUGAAAAAUGUAACCUUUGAACAUGUUAAAGGAGUGGAAGAAGCUAAACAAGAAUUACAGGAAGUUGUUGAAUUUCUGAAAAAUCCACAAAAAUUUACUGUACUUGGUGGUAAACUUCCCAAAGGAAUACUUUUAGUUGGACCACCAGGGACAGGAAAAACACUUCUUGCCCGAGCUGUGGCUGGCGAAGCUGAUGUUCCUUUCUAUUAUGCUUCUGGAUCAGAAUUUGAUGAGAUGUUUGUGGGUGUUGGAGCCAGCCGUAUUCGAAACCUUUUUAGGGAAGCAAAAGCAAAUGCUCCUUGUGUUAUAUUUAUUGAUGAAUUAGAUUCUGUUGGUGGGAAGAGAAUUGAAUCUCCAAUGCAUCCAUAUUCGAGACAGACUAUAAAUCAACUACUUGCUGAAAUGGAUGGUUUUAAACCCAAUGAAGGUGUUAUUAUCAUAGGAGCCACAAACUUUCCAGAAGCAUUAGAUAAUGCCUUAAUACGUCCUGGUCGUUUUGACAUGCAAGUUACAGUUCCAAGGCCAGAUGUGAAAGGUCGAACAGAAAUUUUGAAAUGGUAUCUCAAUAAAAUAAAGUUUGAUCAGUCUGUUGAUCCAGAAAUCAUAGCUCGAGGCACUGUUGGUUUUUCUGGAGCAGAAUUGGAGAAUCUUGUGAACCAAGCUGCUUUAAAAGCAGCUGUUGAUGGAAAAGAAAUGGUUACCAUGAAGGAACUAGAAUUUUCCAAAGAUAAAAUUCUAAUGGGCCCUGAACGUAGAAGUGUAGAAAUUGAUAACAAAAACAAAACCAUUACUGCAUAUCAUGAAUCUGGCCAUGCUAUUAUUGCAUAUUACACUAAAGAUGCAAUGCCUAUCAAUAAAGCUACAAUCAUGCCUCGAGGACCAACACUUGGGCAUGUGUCCCUGUUGCCUGAAAAUGACAGGUGGAAUGAAACAAGAUCCCAGCUACUUGCACAAAUGGAUGUUAGUAUGGGAGGAAGAGUGGCAGAGGAGCUUAUAUUUGGAACUGACCAUAUUACAACAGGAGCUUCCAGUGAUUUUGAUAAUGCAACUAAAAUAGCAAAACGGAUGGUUACCAAAUUUGGAAUGAGUGAAAAGCUUGGAGUUAUGACCUACAAUGAUACAGGGAAACUGAGUCCAGAAACUCAAUCUGCUAUUGAACAAGAAAUAAGAAUCCUUCUAAGGGACUCAUAUGAACGAGCAAAACAUAUCUUGAAGACUCAUGCAAAGGAGCAUAAGAAUCUAGCAGAAGCUUUACUGACCUAUGAGACUUUGGAUGCCAAAGAGAUUCAAAUUGUUCUUGAGGGGAAGAAAUUGGAAGUGAGAUGAUUGCAGUCUUGCUAUGGAUGCAUAGCUGGUUUCAUUUCAAGAGUAUAAGUAGCAUUGCAGUAGUCUCCUUAUGCAACACUGUCCCCCCUUCCUGACUUGGUAUAAUUCAAAGGUGUGAAACACUUUGUCAGUUUUUUGUCACAUUUAUCUAAUUUUGGUUAUUCUUAUGAUGAGACCUAGUGCAAAUUAGCAACUCAUAGCAAAUGUGUUAAAGAAAAUAAAGAUCAGGAUUUUGAAAAUAGCUCGUUUGAGAGAUGUCAAUCAGUUACUAAAUUGAAAAUAAGUGAUGUUUGUAUGGUUGAGUAUUCAGCUAGAUAUGACUAAACACUGUGCCUUUAGC